CCUUCUUCAAACCACGGAUACUUACGUCGUCAAAGUCCAAAACGUCCCCGGAGAGCAGAUCAGCUGUCCGGACUUUAAGAACGACAUCGAGGACGAAGAUGUGGGCGACGUCCACACGUACAAGAUGUCGUGCCCCCGGGGCCUUGGCGUCUUCGUCAUGGAUCCCCUCACCGGAUGCGUUACCAUGACCAAGGCGUGGGACCUGGACGCGGCCAACAAGCGUCUGGGGGAGGAGACUAUUAUGUGCACCGUGACGGCCACCGACCGCCGUGGACUGACGACCACCGCCACGUUCAAUAUAAAGAUCAAGGAAGAGGACGACAACAAACCCUUCCUGUCGCAGACCUCCUACGUGUACUGCGCGACCGUGGGUUCCACUUCCGGUACGCUGGGUCAGGUGACCUCAACCGACAAUGACGUACUCGACGCGCAUAAGACCAAGAAAUAUGAGUUUGUCGGAAGUGGACCCUUCUACGCAUCCGGGACCGGAAGUCUGACGUACGGAGAUUUGAGCUCUUACGCAAAAGGCACUAAAUUUGAAACCACCCUCAGGGUAACAGAUUCCGCCGGUCACUACGACGCAUCCCCUGUCACCAUUUUCAUCUGCGACCCACCGCCACCAGCGCCAUCAAAUCCCAACAGCGCUAGUGGCGCAUCGUCGGCGUCGGCAACUUCCGGCGGCAUAGAUAACUUCCUGUAUUGGCUGAUUCCGGCGCUGCUCCUUCUGGCGCUCAUGGCGGGGCUGGCCGUGUAUCUCAUCCGGCGAUGCAUCCAAGGCGGCCGAUGCGGUUCGUGUUACCAGUCGCGCACCGUGAAGACGAUCCGACCGCUUCAAGACCCAGCAAGGGGCCAGACCCGCGUGAUCACCGCCAGGGAGGUCGACGAGCGUCAGGCGGUCUACCGCAAGCCCCCCACCCCUUCAACAUCAACGCCUCCGCCACCUCCACCACCGCCACCGACAGAUAAAGGGACAAUCGCUCCGUGCGAGCUUCCUAUCGUCCACUACCACGCACGUGAUGUGGGGAAUCUAGGUGCUAUGUACCCGAAGUAUUGAGAUCAGUAAACAGCGAUCUCCGUGACUUUUCGUGAAUCUUCGGAAUGUUAUCU